UACGCAGAGUGUGACGGGGAGACUAAACACAGUAUUGAUUGUAACAACUGGGUCUGGCACCAUCCAGACACUUGGCAGCCUCGGCCCACAGCUCCAUCUGUACCCGAGUUCUCUGUGUUUGAGAGACCUUCUGAGGGUGAGAAGGUGGGGUAGGUAGGGGGAGACUACCCCAUCGGGACAGCUUUCUGCUACCCUCGAGCCUUGAAAUUCCACAGUCGUGGGUUCCGAAGUCUGGAACUUUCCACCAGAUACCCGGGGUGGGUGAGUAGCCAGGCUGGAGGGAUGGACUCAAAGUCGGGGUGCGACCCUCUGUCGCUGGCUCUGCGCCCACCGCGCGAUGUCCGCCCCGAGCGCCGCGGGCCGCCAGCCCUUCCUUCUCCAAAGUUUCUUCAGUCCGUGUGUCGUGUCUGCCUGCUGCAGGCCGCAUGUCGAUCAGUCCGCACGCAUGGCUGCCUGAAGUUUGAAGUCUUGUGUGGCUGGGGACCUCCAGCAGGUGUGACUAAGGUCUGUACGGCGGGCAGUCAUGCGAUCACCUGUGUGACGCGAGCUUUCUGCUUGACUUCUUUCAAUGUUUCUCCCGGCAUGCAAGAACUUUAACCUGACGACACGUGAUCAGCAGCGUGUGCUCCUUACAGGGAGGAGGCGAUGACCCGCAGUAGAGAGGUUAACAUCAUCUUGACGACUUUGCAGAAUGCUUGUGUUUCCAACUUUUGAUGGAUCUCUUGUAGAUUGCAUCUCUUGGAGAGCAAACGUCCUGACCAAGUCAUGUGACCAAAACAAGUCAUGUGCAACAAAGGGUGGAAAAAGGCAUGGAUGGUUCGCGUGCAGUCGGCGCGGCUGCAAUGCACGCUGUGCGCAUGCUCCGUCUUCUCGGCGCUGUUCGGCAUGUUCAUGACGUCAGUGGGCGUGUGCCUGGUGCUCAACUACAACAUCGUGGAGGUGGACACCAGCGGCCUGCCACCGACGCUGCACAACGAGGAGGGCAAGAAAGUCGUGGGCGUCAUCCUCAUCUGCGUGGGCCUGGGGGCGCUGGGCCUCAGCGGCCUGGUCAGCGCCCUCUACUUCACGGCUUGCUUCAGCCGCGCGCAGGACCGGCCAACCGCCACCGCGGCCUCGUCCUCCUCAUCCUCCGCCAGCGACCAGAACAGCGAGCGCAGCGGCAAGGUCAAAGGUCGUCGAGGGGUCGUGGCCCCGAGUGGGCAGGCCCCAAGCAGCAGUCGUCGUGCCCACGGAGGGGCUGCGGGGCCGAGGCCUAGCACAUCUUCGGGUGGCGACACGACCCCGAGAGCUGCCGGUGCAGGCGCGGGUGCCCUGCCGGUGAACUCGAGAGGAGGAAAGAGGGGCCAGCUCGGCCCCGGGUUGACCCCCGAGACGUACGGGUACUUUCCCGGGCGAGUCAAUACUCCUCCCAGCAUGCGCUCCAAGUCACGUCACAAGGCCGCCAGACACCUACCCCCGAGGUACCAGCACCGCCUGGCGCCUCACCCGGAGGAGGAGCAAAGUCUGCACGAAGCCGUCUCCCGUGCGUCCUCGGCCGCCAUGUUGAAGAGCCACGCGGUGACAGAAGGGCACGUCAAUCACGCGGCAGAAUUUGACGAGGACGACAACGACACCAUGAUGACGGCGCGCGGCGAUUCCUGUGUCUCGGAACAUUCGUCUGCCGGGAUUCAAAUCCUGGUGAACGAGGCUCACCCCAGCGAGAGCAUGGACGACGACAGUUCUUCGGAAUUGUUGGACUCUAGGUCAGAGGUCACGUUGUUGACACCCCGUGUGGAGUCGGUGGUUUUGACGAUCAGUGAAUACGUGACAGGAGACAGAGACCAGGGCGCCGUGAACACCGCUUACAGUGCCUCGGAGGUAGGCGAAGUAGACGACGUGGCAAGUGGCGGGGAGAGCAGAACGUCCUUCUCCGCCGACAGUGACCUGGGGUCGAUGUCGGAGGAAGCCAAAACAUCGAUUCCCUGAGUAGACGAGCUGUCCGAAAAGCGCCGUGCGCACUCCUUGUAAAUGUUUUAAGCAGAUUUGAUCUCAGCGUCUGUGAUAAAAUUAAGGUUCAGCCUUCGAUCUGACAUUUUUCUCUUCUCGUCUUUGGCUGUGCACUCGCCGCCAUUUUUUAAAACGAUAAUAAAGCGAACCUGACGAAGACUUUCUUGUGCACCUGCAUGGAAGUUUCUUUUUUUAUGGUGUUAAUGCCAUCGAGUUCGAUCUUCACGUCCUCCCUUUGAUUUCAUAGAAAUACAGUUUACAAUGAUUUUUAUUUCAGUUACUUCUACGUGUAGACGUUAAUAGAUGGUGGCACCGCUGAAAUAUUCCUUUCUGUCGCUGAGGAAGACGACCACGAGACACACAAAGAAGAAGACAAAGAAAAAAAAAAAUCAAAGAACAGGAAUCGUUUCUGAUCGACUGUUCGCCCGCCACCAUUUCAGUUACUGUCACGUGCAUUUAGAGUUACUGACCUAUUUACUGAGUUACUGUCACGUGACUACCGUUACGUUGCUGUCACGUAGUAUCAGUGUUACCGAGAGAUUUACUGGGUUACUGUUGACUAAGUUUGUAGAGUUUAGGGUUACACAAAUUAUGUUUUGUGGGUUUCAUGGUAUGGUGCCACCGACCCUUACUGUCCGCUAUCACGUCUGCACCUUGAAUCAAACGACAACGUGAAACUGAGAUAGUGUGUGAAGUGUUUUUUGGCAGCCGUACUACGAGCUGCUUUAUCAGUGAGAUCCUCAACAACAUAAAAUCCACGUCUGCUGGAGUUCGUUGAGUUUUACUGCACGUAUAAUCAGGGAAGAACAUACAUGAAUGUUUUUUUUAAAAGCCAGGGACUGGCAUGGCAGUGAAGUUACAUUAUUAUUAUUUAUGUUUUUGCUUGUUGCACUAAUGGGACAGUCACGAGGCUGGCGCCAUGUGCACCGCUCAGGUCACUCCUAAACGUCACUUGGGUUCAACUCAGGUUCGACAUUGUCUCCUGACUUAUUCUGUGUAAUGCUCCUAGCGCCCCUCUGACUAGCAUAUCUAUUGUUUCCCUGCCUCCACCCUCUUCGGAGAUAGGAGAGAUCUUUCGACUGAGGUAUGCAGUUUCUCCACCUUGUAUGCAGGGGACAAAAAUUAACAGGACUGGAAGUGAAAAAGGUUUGACAAUGAAAAAAUUGUGUCUCGCAAUGAAUUUGACAAUGAAAAUCUGUGUUUUGCAAUGAUUUUGGAGGCUCACGUUGUCAGUGUUGCCCUACUUUGACUUUUAUUUCACCUGAAGAUAGUUACCCUCCCUCCUCCAAUCCCCCAUUACUUCCCCUCUCGGACGAUCUCAAAACUGCAGGGUACGCUUUGAUGUUUUUUUUUAAUGCUAAUGAAACGUGCAUUUAAGUAUUAUCUUACCCACAUAAUUGUACACACCAGACGCCAACAGACCUCUCACGUGGAAAAACAAGACACAUGCCAGACAUGGGAGUGCGAGAAAGAGAGAAAUGUACUGACUUAUAAGGAGGUGAGACAAAACUGAUCUCACUGCUUGAGGAGACUCUUUUCAAGCUGCAUGACUUGCUUUAUUCCUUCUGCUGUCUAUAUUCUGUAAUGUCCACACUGGAUUUUUUUUCAUGGAUUUUGUUCAUCCCUUCGUCCGUUCAUCCUCGUGUUUCUGCCUGAGAAAAGAUCUUGUCUUACAUGUCUUAAAACUCUUGUCUUAAAGCUCGUACAUCAAGGUAUACUACUUGCAAAUUUGUGAAAGAUUAAUAGGUAUAAAACGCCAGAUGCAAAUAAAAUAAAUUUAAUUACAUAGAUAUUUGCUAACUCCCACAUAAAUCGCUUCAAGUUAAGUAAAUCAGUUGCAAAGAGUCACAGAAUGAUGUUCAUCACCCGAACCUACCUUUCUUUUGACCUUUGACAUGUCAGUUUUUUUUAGUCACGUUGUGCAGUAAGGAUGAAUAUAAAAAUCAUAAAUAUUUGAAGCAGCUGUCUUUAGUUUUAACUAUCCGUGACGGUCACCACCCACCCUGAGCUUCAUUUCAUCGCUCCUUCCUUUGUUUCACAACCUUGUGAAGGUGAGCACGAACUGUCGGCAUAGAAGAGGGCGAUGAUAAGGUCAAGAUUAAUAUUAGAGGGUGUAAUACGCAGGUGUGUAAGUUCUUCCGCAUAAUUUCUGUGUCCGUGAUACCUAGGACUGCAAUGUCUCCCUAUUCCAACAGUCACAGCUCUCCUGUUUGUUAGUCUUCUCGUCCAACGCUUCGUCACUAGACAUGCUUCAGGAGCAUUGUGUAUUUUUUAAUUUAUUUAUUUAUUCAUUGACGUUGUUUUCUAGCUGCUGGUCGCUGAAAUCAAUCGAUGUUAUUUAAAAAGUCGUAUAAUCGUCUUCUCUCUUGUCUCUAAUCUGCAAGAUUCGUGCAUGAAUUGUAAAAUAGGAAGUCUGAGAAGAGUUUUUGCUCGAGGGAGUAUUUGAACAUACCUUUUUAAAAGUUCCACCAAACUUAAAGACAUCAGUUUCAUUUACCGCCAUCAUGUAAUUAAAGCUGUUCAAAAUAGAGAACUGUGAACUGCGAAUAUGUCUAAUCUCGUAUUCACAUAGACACCUUUUUUUAAUUUCUCUCCCAAAUGGCAUUGCAAAAGAACAGUGUUAGCACACCUUAGUUAAAGAUCUAUUCAGCACUCUGUGAACUUCCUCCACUCCUUCGGAACCCCCCUGUCCCAGUUAACGGACCGAGCAUCCACAGGGUCAUAAUUAUAUUCUUGGCAGCAGGAUGCGAUGUCACUUAAGGACUUCAGCUUCUUUAUUGUCCACCAUAUUCUUUCAUUUUAAGAGAUGACAUUUUCAUUGAGGUCAUGUCUCGGUCGUUGCCCACCAUCAGAACCUUCUCGUCGAACUCUCGCUCACUGUACCCAUUACCCUAUGACACUACCACCAACUGCAAAUAGGGCAGUUUGUUCUCACGGUCCAGUGCCAAAAUCUUCAACUAUUGUCAAAAAAAUAUUUUAUUGUAAAUUUGAAGCACCAUGGUUACCGUUUAAAUAUUUUUGAGAGUCUUUGUCAUUGUCACCUUGAUGUCUACUGUUACAGGCGCAUUAUUGUCAUGGUCCUACACUUCACUUGAAUACUUGCUUGGGAUUUUUUAAUUGAAGGAGAGAUGAUACUAUGUGCAUAGCAAUGCAAUAACACUCACCUGGGAUGUUUGUGUGGUUGUAGUUUGAACUACUGAUUAUUGUGGAUGACUGAGGGUAACCAAGAUACUGAUAAGUGUGCCAAGAAAAUUGUGGCUGUUUCUGAGCAAAGAAAGCAGGACCUGGCGCUAGGUUAACGGCGAGUUCAGGGAGGUGCACUGUCGGCUCCUGAGACGCUGAUUAAAAAGUCGCACUCCGGGAAGUUUCGAGUUCAUUCUGCAGUUGCCUGUGUCAGCCACAAACACUGUUCCAAGGCAAGGAGCCAAAUUUUUGUUUGUUCGCGAUUUUUGACUGUUCAAAUAGUUUUUAAAAAAAUGUAUCUGUGUGUCUGUCCUUGUAUCUGGCUGUCUCUUAGGAAAGCUGAAAGUCGAGUGGUUACAGCACUAGUGUCCAUACCUGUAGGAGCGAGGGUUCGAUACCGGUGUGGCGCAGCGAAUGUCACGUAGUUGACCCAGGUAUCAGGAAUGGGUUUAAUAGAGAGCUGGGGAAGGGAAGGCAAUAAGGGGCUCAAAAGCUGAUCUCUAGAAAAGUAAAGUGUCAAACACCUCCCUCCACAACAAUUGAAAGAUUAGACGAAGACCUUUACCUUUUCUUUCUUUUUCUUUCUUUUUGCUCUAUCUCCCUUACUCUUUCUUUCUCUCUGUGAUUUAUUCACCUCGGCUAAAAACGAUUUGCGUGCGCGUUUGUUAAGUCGUGCACUAUUCACAUGGAGAGCGUGCCAACUUAUGCUGUUUAUAUCUUCCUGCGUGUCAGUAUUAUGUUCUUGUGUUGCCGAGCGAAUAAGUGUGUGGGUGAGAGAAAGAGAUUGUGAUAAAGUUCCUAACUCACAGUGCUGAUCGAUGUCAUGCCACUCAAGUGCUUGCAGUGACAAGUUGUGACACAACAAUAAAAACUACUUCACACA